ACCCGGAAGAUCUCAAAUAUAUUGCCAGUUCACCCUUGAAAAAGAAAUUGCAAGUACAUAGUGACAGCUCAGAUGAUAGUGAUGAGGAUAUCUGCAACCAGAUUAAUACGCAGUCUUCAGUUUUUGACAGCAAUGAAGAGUCUGUCUCUGGGAAAGAAAUUUUCCAGUUCAAAACACCCAAAAAAUCUGGUCAGAUGGUGUUAAAAGCGCAAGAUAGCUGCUCUCCAGCCACACCAAAGUCAAAGAGAGGCAGAGUCAAGUCACAAGAAGCUACAUCCAUGAGUCCAGUCAGGAGAGGACAGAUUUUCUCUACCCCUCCUAAAUCUGAUAAAAAGCAAAUCACUGCCAGUCCCUUGGCAGAGAAACAGCCUCGGGGUAUUUCUGCUGUACGAGACCACAAGCGUAUGGAGUCGAGCACGCCAUACAGACUUCGGAAGCGUAACCUACACCUGGAAAAUACAGCCUCAUCUUCAGAUGAUAGCAUCAGUGAUUCCUCUGAUGAAAAAGAGGAAGAUGAAGAUGAGGACACAAGUCAGCAGAACUCACAAAACAGACCAGCUAGAACUUCAGACAUAAAUAUGAUGGCUACAGCUGAAACAUACUUUGACCUUCACUCUAUGGCUCCGUUGACCUCUGACCGAACACUAUCCGCUUUGGAUGGUCCCAGACUGGAUGUGGAUACAAUUCGGGAAGUUUUAAAACAGGUGGUAUCAGGUCAUCGCAAAGAGAUGGACAAACUUAUGAACACGCAUGUUCGAUUGUUCAAAAGAUGGAUGCUAAAUCUGUGCUGUGGCUACAAUAUUCUGCUCCAUGGUCUAGGCUCCAAAAGAACAUUGCUAGAGAAGUUCAGAGAGGAGCACCUGGGGAAAUUUUCACAUCUUGUGAUUAACGGUUAUUUCCCCAGCUUGACAGUUAAACACGUUCUGAACUCCAUCACAGAAGAAAUCUUGGGACAUUCUAAGGGGUUUUCCAGCAUCUACAGCCAAGUGGAGUUUAUCCGGGAUUCCUACAAGAAUCGAGAUGAGGAUUUCUACCUGGUCAUUCACAACAUUGAUGGGGUGUUGCUGCGUUCGGAUAAAUCUCAAGCGGUUCUCAGUCUUCUGUCCGAAAUUGAAGGAUUCCACAUUGUUGCUUCUGUUGACCACAUCAAUGCUGUACUCAUGUGGGAUCAGAACAGGUAUUUCCGUUUCCGCUGGCUGUGGUACGAGACCCCAACAUAUCUCCCAUACGAGGCUGAGAAUGGGUACGAAAACUCCCUGAUGGUUCAGCAGUCAGGAACUCUCGCAUUAAGCUCCACUGUUCAUGUGAUGCGGAGCUUGACACCAAAUGCACGACAGGUCUUCCUGAUGCUUGCCAGGUAUCAGAUGGAAGAAGGAGAUAGUCCGCAUUACACGGGGAUGGCAUUCCAGAGCCUUUACCACAAGUGUCGCGAGGCUUUCUUGGUGAACAGUGACCUUACUCUUCAGGCUCAGCUUGUGGAGUUCAAGGACCAUCGACUCAUACGUUCCAAGAAGAAUUAUGAAGGCAUUGAGCACCUCAUGAUACCCUUGGAUAGAGCCACUCUGAAAGCAUUUCUUCAUGAAUACAAGGACUCUGUUUGUUGA